AGAUGAUAAUAUUUAUAAAGGAGGUGUAGCCGUCAUUUAAAUGGAAAAGUUUACUGUUUAAUACUUUAAACAAUUAAAUUCAACUUGCAGUAAUUAUUGCAUAAUUGGUGUGUCUCAUCUCACAUAUUGAUAAAACAACUUCGUAAUUCAUCAUGACGUUGUUUCAGUGUCGCAGAUUUCAAUUCUUCGAUUUGGAAAAGGUGGAUUUGGACAUUAGCAUUAAAGAACAUUUAAAGGGUUCCAUCGUUCGGUGCGGAUCCUCUGGGCGUGGUCGUGUCCUUGUUGGAGAUUCUGAGGGAUCCGUGCAUUCCAUUUCGAGACAAUUCGAAACUAAAGCUGUAGCUCAUGCCCAUUUGAAAGGACUCAUUCAGAUUCAUCAGCUCAAAAGUUCUCCAUACGUCAUCACUUUGGGGGAAGAUGAACCUGGUCUGUACUCCAUUAAAGUUUGGGACGAAGGCCCACUGGAACAAGAUGCAACAAAGACUCAACUACUUUUGAAAAAGGUUAUCAGAUUUAGCAGACUUCCCACGUGUUUCGCUGUGCAUGAAAAUUUGACAUUGUUGGCCGUUGGUUUUGAAGAUGGCGAAAUUCAGCUGUAUAGAGGCGAACUUACCCGGGAGCGAAAUAUUAGGGCACGAAUUUUAUUACAUGAAGCCGAUCAUGGAUCAAUUACUGGAUUGUUUUUCAAAACCAUGAACUCAACAGUGAUCCUGUACGCCGCAGCACAAAAUGCAAUCAUACCGUUUGAUGUUACAAGUAAAGAUAAAGAAAUGAAGUUUCCUGGAGAUAAGAAUGGAUGCGAAAUGUAUUGUAGCUGCUACUCCGAAGGCUCGUCUGAAGAUCACUUUAUUGUUGGAAGAAGCGACGCUGUUUACUGUUACACGCAUGAAGGUCGAGGUCCUUGCUAUGGCUUUGAUGGAGAAAAGCACAUGCUAUACUUUUUUCGUGGUUAUUUAGUCAUCAUUGCACUCUUAUCAAAAGACACAUAUAAUCUUACGAUUUUCGAUUGUGCCAACAAAUUUGUUGCCUUUGCGUCUUCACUCCGUUCUCCGGAACCAAUUAGAGUGGCUGCGUGCGAAUGGGGAGUUUUAUUCUUACUCACUGCAGACGGGACCUUUUGGCAAUUAAAAGAAAAAGAUUUGCAAUCUAAGAUGGCCGUGUUUUACAAGAAAAAUCACUACGACCUGGCCAUAAAAGUUGCAAAAAGCAACAAUUUUGACGCUGAGGGAAUGGCAGAUAUAUUCCGACAAUAUGGAGAUCAUUUAUACAACAAGGGAGAGUUGGACGGAGCGAUUCGACAAUAUUCGAAAACUGUUGGAAAAUUAGUCCCUUCAUACGUCGUCAGAAAGUAUUUGGAUGCUUCUCGAGUUCUGAAUCUCUUAGAGUACUUGGAAGUUAUUCACAAACUUGGUUAUGCUACCCCUGAUCUGACAACAUUGCUAUUAAAUUGUCUGACCAAAUUGAAACUGAACGAAAAAAUUGAACAUUAUGUCAGAGAUCCAUCAUGCGAUUUUCUAGAACCUGAAACAGCAAUUCAAGUUUUUCGCAAAGGCGGAAUGUCGAAACAGGCAUACCAAUUGGCCAAGCAGCAUAAUUUAUAUGGCAGUGCUUUACAGAUCUUGCUGGAAGAUGUUAGGGAUCCAUGCAAAGAAGAUUUGUACGAAGUACUUGAAAAUGUUGUCCAAGAUGAAAAGGCAGAAGAAAUAUUGAGACGAUUUGGAAAUACUUUGGUGCAACUAGUUAGUCAAACGGAUCCAAAAGCAACAGACGCAUGGAAAAAGAUUGUCAGUCUUCUCUGUAAAUCAUCCGUGAAACGAGAACUUGUCGAUUUAUUCAUUCCGAACAAAGAAAUACUAGUUCCACUGCUUGAAAACAUUUCCCAGGAAUUUACACCAGAUGACGGACCUCUGAUGAACCUGCUUCUCGAAGCAUACUUGGAACACUGGUCAAAAAACAAAGAUACUGAUGUCAUUAGUAAAGAGAAAAUCCUAGCCUUGCUCUCAAAAGCCCCCGACUGUGCAUCCUGGGAUUGGCCGAGAGCUCUAUUAGCUUGCAAAAUGGCUGAAUUCAGCCCAGGGGAAAUUAUCGCUUACGAGAAACUAGGAUUGUAUAACGAUUUACUCGAAAUAAAAUACAAAGCAGCCUUGUCUGACCCAGAAUUGUGGUCUAAUUUCUUGGAAACUUGCAAAAAAUAUGCCAAAAACAAGCCAACAUUGUGGAAAGAAGGCUUUUACAUCAUCACAAUUCCUCACGACCCAAAUAAUACAGGCGAAAAUGAUGCAAAUGCCACCUGUCCUGGAUACGUCGUGCAAGAAAUUUUAACCAAACUGCUCGACGAAAAUUUAAUGGAACCGUUACCAAUUUUGGAUCGAAUGUGCCGUACUCGAAUCAAACUUGGAACUGCGAGACAAUUUUUGACAAAAAUUUUAGAUCGCAAGGAUAUCGAAGAAGAUAAGGAAGAAAGUCGGAAACUUUUAAAUAAAACUGCAGACGUUCGUAAACGGAUCGAGGACAUUCGUACAAAACCAUCUACCUUCCAAAGCAUAAGAUGCAAUGCUUGUUCUCAGAAACUAGACCUUCCUUCAGUCCACUUUUUAUGUUUGCAUUCCUUCCACCAACACUGCUUUGAUAGUUACGCUACAAAUGAGAAAGACUGUCCCAUCUGUUUUCAAAAGCAGAAGGAAAUGUUGGGCUCUGAAGCUGCAGAGAGAAAACUGUCCAAAGCAGCGCUGGAUGCGGAUUUUACACUCAAACUAAGUAACGCUAGAGCCAAUUCGUUUACCGUACUUGCAGAGUUUUUCAGUAAGGGGAUUUUCCGAGAUGAAAAUCAAAUUGGAGACAACAAAGAUCCAAAAACAGAAGUUCAGAAACUGCGUGUCCCAACAGAACAGGCUUUCGAUUCAUCAUUACAAGCAGGCAAAGUUACCGAGGCCCGGCUUCGCCUUCAUGAAGGGUCAAUGGGAAGUUAUCCCGGUGAAAGUGACGGAUCAGCCCCUAUUGAAACGUAUCUCGAGUCCAUGCGGACAUCACGACAUGUCCCAAUGUCCAGCAGCCUUGGGACAAGUGGGUCCUUUGAAGCUAGAAGGUCACCUAAUACCCAACCAAAACUGGGAACAAAUCUUCCAUUUCCUCGCGUCCAUACGUCUCCAGCACCUCCGAGAAAAUCUGAAGUUUCGAAACCACAACCACCCUCGACCAUUUCUGCCGCAGUGGCAGCUCAAAGCUCAAAAAGUGUGGAGCCCAAAAAUCCAUUUGAAGAAGAUGAAGACAAAAACAAUCCAUUUUUAGAAGCGGAAGAAGUUCCUCCACAACCCAAAAAUCCGUUUGAAGAAGAUGACGACUAUGAUUCUAGCCUCAACCCAUUUGCUGAGUAAUGUCCAAUCAAACAAGCUUCUGAAGGAGAUAAAUAUUUAAAUUUAACUCGAAUAUUCCAACAAACUAAAGACAUAUUUUGCAAGUUUUAUUUAUUUGAUACUGUGCCACACCUAUUUACUUUGUGAUAAUGUAAUUUGAUGAAAUACAAAAUUUCAUUACCGACGUUCAA